AUGAAUCGGUUGGAAGAAUCACUCAUCCAGCGUAACCCUCUAAGCUUCGAACGGCUACAGGCACGCGGCUUGGAGUGUUUCUCAGGCGCGGGGGUAGUUCCAGAAAUAAAUCAGCUGGAAUUAAGUCCAAGGACUUACAAGACUCCCUUACCGAAACAUGAGAGUGGAAAUCCGAUCGUUUUCGAGAGCCCGACAACAAGCCAGGCUAUCACCUACCUCGAAAUGGAACUCUACAGACGUCAAGUAAGGAACAUUAGUGGCAGAACCUUUAUCCCAGAAGGUACAAUAGAGCAAAUCCUAGAUGAGGCCAUUAUUGGUCAGACGCUGCGAGUCUUUCUAACUUCACCUCUGAUUCGAAGCCAAAAUUCAGACGAGUUGCAGUCCCGCAAGAAAAUUUUCGUCAUUCUGCUGCUCGCAGAUCUGCUCAAAUUCAUUGAACCGGUUCUUUAUAGAAUUGGGGUCGUUGACUCUCUACUUCCCAUGCCAGAUCCGCAGCUCCUUUCUGGCAAAUUGCCCCGUUCCAUUCAAAAGGAAGAAGAGAAGGAGCAUUGGGAGAAAUGGAAAACUGUCUCAGAGGUGUUUGGCCGGCCAAGCUACGUCGAAAGGUUCUUCUUUGCGCAAUGGCGCGUUCUAGCACCUUUCAUUCGCGGCAGGGACAAAGUGCUGCACUAUUUGUUCACUCCUAACCACAUCUUGCCUUUCCUACCCAGCGAGUCUCAGACAAGUGGUCUAUCGGAGAUAGACUCCGAUUUCUUAGAAGAGCAAUUGAGAUACGGUUCAUUUAGCGAGGUGAGACGAGUAAAAAUCCACCCAGAUCAUUAUGACUUUGGGGAUUAUGGAAUCAGCAAUCCAAACCAUUUAUUUGCCAUCAAGCAGCUCCGGGCAGUCGACCACACGAGCUUUCAAUUGGAAACGAAGGCUUUGGCUCAUUUCCGUCGGCCGCACCCCCCUCAAAUCAUCCAACUUCUAGCGACAUACGAGGUUGGAAACGAUUUGCAGGAAGGCUCUCCGUCAACUUAUCACUUGAUAUUUCCAUGGGCAGAUGGAGAUCUUCGAUCUUUUUGGAGUGCCGAGAAAAGAUAUGUUGGCGACCCGAGCAUUAUUCCGUGGCUCUCAGAACAGUGUUAUCAACUCGCCACAGCCGUAGCAGCUAUCCACGAGGGCUAUUCGACCUCUAGUGAAGAUUAUCCAGGGGAGCCUCAACACGUAUUUGGAAGGCAUGGGGAUAUAAAACCGACAAAUAUCCUAUGGUUUCCACCUCUCCAGAAGGACAAGGAGGCGAACUUGGGUCAGCUAAUUCUUGGGGAUUUCGGGCUGGCGGCCUUCCACCGAAGGGACUCACGAUCGAAUUUGACCUCCACUAAUAUCCCCCGGUCAAUGACUUAUUCAGCCCCCGAGUUUGUCACGAGAGAGAAAGUUUCACGAGCCACAGACAUAUGGGCGCUAGGGUGCAUCUUCCUAGAAUUCAUCACUUGGUAUCUUGAAGGUGCGCAUGCUGUCAACGAAGAAUUUCCCGAGUUUCGUGCUACCGCGGAUGUUUUUGGAAUUAGGUCCGACACGUUCUUUGAGGUUAUUGGCUCUUUGGAUGACCCAGGGGAUGGACACAUUUCGAGGGUUAAGCCUGAAGUAAGCGCCUGGUGUCUGCGCCUGUCCAGGAAUCACAAUUGCAGCCUGUAUAUCCGAGACUUCUUGGCUCUCAUCGAGCGGAUGCUAGACGUGGAGCCAAAAUCACGAAUCACCGGCACUGAUGUGGCGGAGAGGCUACUUGUAUUCCGUCGCCGUGCGCAAUGGAUGCCCGGUACUAUCAAGGAAGGUUUUAAGUAG